AUGGGCUCUAAUAUUCACAUUAGUAAUUUAGUUUGUGAAUUUAUUGAGUAUCUCAAACUUUCAAACUAUAAAAUUGCUAUAAAUAAUUUACUUUCUAAUUCUAUAUAUCUCAAAUAUACCGAAGCAGGUGUUGCUAUUUAUUCAGGCAUAAAUCAUAAUAGUUGGAGAACAUGUGACAAUAUAAGUAGCAAUUAUGGUUUAUUUGCCAAAGAUGCCCUUUUGGUCUUGCAAAUAGACAUGAAAAAUAGUACAAAAAAACCACUUCUUUGUGCUGGUAAAUAUCGCAAUAGUUCUAAGCAUGUAAUGAUCUAUAGAGAUAGUAAUAGUGUAAAAAGACUUAAAAGAAUUAGGUGA